AUGGCAGACAUGGAGUUGGAGAGUGGAUCGGCGCAGUCCAAAUCGACCAGCACUCCGCAAGAGCGCCGUGGCUCCGUCGUCAUGGUCCGUGUCAUUGAGUUCUCUCGGAUUGCGCUGGCCAUUGCUGGCUACGCCGUCGCUUACGUCUACUCUGCGCAGGGGCACGUCGAGGAUGCUGCGAGGCUCUUGCAGUUGGGCCUUUCCGUCGCCCUCAGUGGAACCUGCGCGCUGGAAGGCAUUUGCUUCUACGAAACUGCGGCACGUCAAAAGGGGUAUGAUCGAGGGUUCGACUUCUCGACCGGACGAAACCCCUACGCCACGCAGAGCACGCUGUGGUUCGCAUCGAGCUGCAUUGUUGGCGUGGUUGCCUUCUUUAUGUACCCCCGGGAGUCUUCGCCGCAGAUCGUCCUCGCGACACUCCAGCUCUUGUUCUUUCUGACUUCGGCCCUGAACCACGCGUAUGAAACAGUGGCUCACGGCAGCUGGCGUUGGCAGAAUGUGAAUCGUCCCCUGCUGAGCGUGGCGAUGGUCGCAGGUGCA